CGUGGCAUCUAAUGUUGCAAGAUGAUUCUAGACCUAAACUACCUGUCGUGAAGAUCUUAGAUACUUCCAGAACCCCAUUCCAUUAUCUUCUAAACCCAAACCAUUCCCUUCCAUGUGAAGAAAACUUCAUUUCCUGCAACAAUGGCGGCAGAAAAACUGAAACAGGUAGUCCAGAAAUUGAAGGAAUUGAGGCCAGCAAAAUGGGCAAAGAAGCCAUGGGAGAUAACCGGCCCGUGUUCGAGUCCCGAGUACGUCGAGGGUCUUCCAAAUGCACUGGAAUACAGGCCAUUUGCUCCAGCCACAGCCCCUGUUCUGCCUCGCAUCCCCAAUUCAGAGGAAGAUCGUGUGUUUAACAUUACUUACUUUACCAGAGAUACCAGGCGUAUGCCCCAUGAUCGCCAUAAGUAUGUUCUCACAAAACAGGAAUUGGAGGGGGGAAAUAAAGAUCUUGUCUUUAAAUUUGCAGAGUUGGGCUCUAAUCCAAUCUGCCCCCAUGUCGUUGAUCCAGAUAAUGAACCAGGAGGGGGAUACCAGAAAUAACUGACACCAGCUGAAGGUUAUGUUUUCAUGUUUGUAUUUUAUAUUUCACAGUCUGAAUCCUCUGUAAAACAUGUAAAGUUGUAAAUUGUAGUUACUGGUUUUUGGAUUAAGUGGGUGUAGGUCCUUAUAGGGGACAUGCCUUCGUAUGUAUUGUAUGGGUAAGGCUGAAAUUUGCAUACUUUUUAUGGAUUGUAUGUGUAAUGCUGAAAUUUGUAUAUUUAUCUUAUGUUUUAUUAUA